AAGCCGCCGCUGCGCCGAGGGGGAUUCUGCCCAGUGCGCGUGCUCGCCCGGCGGCCACCCCUUUCGUAUGUUAGCGAUCGGGGCCUCGCGCACUCCCCCUGGGCUGGCUCAGUCGGGCAGCAGCAAGCGCAGGAGGCGGCGGCGGCUCUGCGAGUGGAGCAUCCGCAGCAAGGGGAGGGGGGGCGCAGCAGGGAACAGCCGAGUCCGGGCUGUCUCCUCUCCCCGUCAGAGGGGGCGGGAGACAGGGGAGGGAGGGGGCCGAGGGAAGGGGCGACCGUCACCCCCUCAUCCAGCGGCGCCGAGCGACUCCUGCUCGCGGGGGGGGGCGAGUCUCCACUGGGCCCCCUCCAGCAGCCCGGCCCCCGCGCCGCCCCCCAGCCUGGAGUGCGGGCUGGGCCGGUGGGCACCUGGGGGGGCGGUUAUUAGUUUCAGCGGGUGUGAAGGCCGGGGCGUGUGUGGCGGGGAGCUCAACUGCUUACUAGAUGGGGGACGUUGGGGAGGGUUGAUUAGCUGCCCUAAUUAGCAUGAAUAAUUUGGGGGGCUGCCGUGGAUAGCUAUUGCUGGGGGCAUGGUCGGGAGCCUCCUUUUCUGUGGGUGGGUUAAUUAGUGGCCCAUUUUCUCGGGAUUAUCUCUCCUGUCUCUCCAUCCCCCCCUGGUUUCCACUGGUUUAGUUGGGUCCCAUAUGUAUAUUUUACACUGUCCCUGGCGGAGAAGGGGAGAAUUUUAAACCCUCCAUCCCCAACUUUCCAACCAUCACACACAAUCCUGCCCGGGAGGACAGAAGCAGCGGCCAGGUGUUGGUGAUUCCAGACUCAGACAGUUAGGGGUUCAGUUUUGAGGAAGCAGAGACGCGAGGGGCUUAUUGGAUUGAAUCUAUUUUGCGCAGACUGCCACAGCUCUACAUCAAUAUCCUCACUUCUCUUCCCCACCCUCCUCUCCCCCGAGGGGGGGGAGGAGCUGGGAAUCACUUUUAAUAUCCCCCACCCCCUUCCCCAACACACCUUGGUCCCUGGGGGCACAAGCCAGGCAUCACCCAUUGUAGUACCAGGAGAACAUAAUCCUCAUCGCUCCUUUCCUGGCCUUGGGGGCUCCAGCAGGACACUGCUCUCUCCCUUGGAGUGCAGAUCAGAGAGGCCCUGAAAGGACUUCAUUAGCACCCUCUUCUCAGGGGGCACCAAGGAAAGAAGGGUACCAGCAAGCCUUCACCUCACUGAGAGAGCCAGGACUGAAGCUCCAGUUACUGGGGGCACUGAAAGAAGCACCCAUCUUUGACAUCCCUUCAUCUCUUACCCCUUGCUCCCCAAACCUCUGACUUCCAUUAAAAGGAGAUCCCAGAGGUUGCAAGACUAGUCAAGCAAGAUGUGCAGCUCAGUUGCUCCCAGGCUGUGGUUCUUAACAGAUCGUCGUAUCAGGGAAGACUAUCCUCAACAGGAGAUCCUGAGGGCGCUCAAGGCCAAGUGCUGUGAAGAGGAACUAGACUUUCGGGCCUUGGUGAUGGAUGAAGUGGUACUGACCAUUGAGCAUGGAAACCUGGGUCUCCGGGUGAAUGGGGAGCUCAUUACUGCCUAUCCACAGGUGGUGGUUGUACGUGUGCCAACGCCCUGGGUCCAGAGCGACAGUGACAUCACGGUCCUUCGCCACUUGGAGAAGAUGGGUUGCCGGUUGAUGAAUCGGCCCCAAGCCAUCCUCAACUGCGUCAACAAGUUCUGGACCUUCCAGGAGCUGGCUGGUCAUGGUGUGCCUCUCCCAGACACCUUCUCCUAUGGUGGUCAUGAGAACUUUGCCAAAAUGAUUGAUGAGGCGGAGGUGCUGGAGUUUCCCAUGGUGGUGAAGAACACACGAGGUCACCGAGGCAAAGCUGUAUUCCUGGCACGAGAUAAGCACCAUUUGGCAGACCUGAGCCAUUUAAUUCGUCAUGAGGCCCCUUACCUGUUCCAGAAAUAUGUCAAGGAGUCCCAUGGCAAGGAUGUGCGUGUCAUCGUGGUAGGCGGCCGCGUGGUGGGGACCAUGCUGCGCUGCUCAACAGAUGGAAGGAUGCAGAGCAACUGCUCACUUGGCGGUGUAGGGAUGAUGUGCUCACUGAGUGAACAAGGCAAGCAGCUGGCAGUCCAGGUGUCAAACAUCCUGGGGAUGGACGUGUGUGGCAUCGACCUACUGAUGAAAGAUGAUGGCUCGUUCUACGUCUGCGAGGCCAAUGCAAAUGUAGGUUUCAUUGCCUUUGACAAGGCUUGUAAUCUAGAUGUAGCUGGUAUCAUAGCGGACUAUGCCGCUUCUCUCCUUCCCCCCGGUCGCUUGACGCGGCGUAUGUCUUUGCUCUCUGUGGUGUCCACGGCCAGCGAGACUAGCGAGCCAGAGCUGGGCCCUCCAGCUAGUGCCGCUGUCGACAAUAUGAGUGCUAGCUCCAGCUCUGUCGACAGCGACCCUGAGACCACGGAGAGAGAGUUGCUCACCAAGCUCCCGGGGGCUUUAUUCAACAUGAACCAGCUACUAGCCAAUGAGAUCAAACUCCUUGUGGAAUGAUGCCACGUGUAAAUACAUGACCAACAAAACUCCUGUAAAUUUUUUUUUUAAACCAACUUGCAAUGCUGUUUAUCAGAGAAGCUCAGGGAGAUGAAUGGAGUGGGGAGAGAAUUAGUCAAAAGAGUGAGAUUAAAAGGUGCAUAUUCUCUGAUUGCUGCUCUUACUUUUUAAUCCUGCAGAACAUAUGAUUGGUGUCAUUUUUUGGCAGCCAAUCUCUAGUCCAUGAUACCCAGUUCAAACCCACAUAGGGAUUUUAUUUAUGUGCAGCUGUGGUCCCAAGCUUAUCGCAGAACACGUGUAUGGAUGGGGAGAUAUUACAGCACAAUUCACACUUCUGGUUUUGGAAUGCUAUCUUGCAAUUCUCCAAAAGCAUCUGUGAACUAAUGCAGCUGUGAACUCUCUCCUACCUCUUUAAGAGCUUGAUCUUGUGAAUUGCUUGAGUGCCUUUAGUUUCCAAGAGAGCUGAGGGUGCUUAAGGUCUGAUAUUUCAAAGGUGCUGAGCAUCUGCAGGUCCCAUUCACGGAAGUGGGAGCUGUGAAAGUUCAGCAUCUCUUAAAAUCAGCCCAUUGUGACCUUGCAGGAUCUGGCCUUAAGUGAUGGGGCAGGGACAGGAAACUUGAGCUUUUAGUACAAACCUGCGACUUCUGCCAUCUCAGUAUUAACUGGCAUGUGUCCACAAAAAUGUGUCCAUAUUCGUUUAUAAAGCUUUUGAAGGGGAGAUGUUUUUUAAAUUUGUGUUUUUUAUCAUUUUAAAUCCUGGGGCAGGUAUGUAGAGGAAUCAGUCAUGUUCUCAUUGAUGGCAGAAGUGGCACGUUUUAACUAUUUUUGCACGAUUGGAGGAGAUAAACAGCAUUGUAAUGUUUGGUGUACAAAAUAAUGUUUAAUCCAAUGUGAAAAAGAAUUACACUAGUUUAAAACAAAUGUGCAUUGACUUGUAUUUGUUAGUGUUUUAGUCUUUUUGAGAGAGAGAUGCUAUGUUAAUGUUCCAUUUUUUUUAAUACAUGCUAGUCCAACACACCCUUCUCUAUGCCUGCAUCUUUAACAGUGGCCAAAGUGAGAACACCACAAACUAUUUAACAAAACACUGACUUGAAGCCUGUAAAUCAUUCUUUUAUUUUUGUCGUUUUUUUCCGGGAAAUGUGGUAGGGUGUGGAGGAGGGAAAAGGUUGGUUGAAACCUCGAGGACAUUUAGGAUAAAGAUGAAGUUCGUUCAUUACCACUAUCACUAGGCUUGUAUUUGCCACAUUGAAAAUGUCUAAACUCUGAUGUCAGCUGAGCUCCAAAGCAUGGAUCCAGGGGAAAAAUACCACAGUUCUUGGCUUUGGGAAACUAUGCAGCAGAUUUAAAAAAAAAAAAAAAAAAAAA